AUGGGAUUCAAAGUCAUCAUCGUUGGUGGCAGCGUCGCUGGCCUCUCUGUCGCCAACAUGCUGGAGCAAUUCGACAUAGAUUAUGUCCUCCUCGAAGCAUAUCCUCAGAUAGCUCCCCAAGUCGGUGCUAGCAUCGGUAUCCUACCCAAUGGCUUUCGCAUCCUCGAUCAACUUGGCUGUUUCGAGCCUAUCCUCGACAUUGCUGGGGAUUGCCGCUAUACGAUUGGGGGCAUGUAUGGGUCUGAUGGUCUUCCACUUACCCCUAGUUCAACGACCAGCCUCUCGGUUCACUUUGAGAAAAGGGUUGGGUAUCCCUCCAUUUUCAUCGAUCGACAGAUGUUGCUGCAGGUUCUGUACAAGAAUCUGAAACAUAAGGAUCGAGUGUUGACCAAGAAGCGGGUUACUCGCGUGGAAUUGGUUGAGGGUGGAGUCCAAGCUUACACUCAAGACGGGUCCGUGUACGAGGGCGACAUUGUCGUGGGAGCGGAUGGCAUCCACAGCGCUGUAAGAGACGAAAUGUGGCGCCUUGGAAAGGAACAGAGUCCUGGCUACUUCCCCGAAGACGAAAACUCUCGAGUUCCAGUCUCGACGAGAUGCAUCUUUGGCAUUUCGAAACGGCCCUCUGCUCUGGGUUAUCGAAGUCAACAGAUGGUGGUUGGUGAUGGCCACGCGUACCUAAUCAUAGCAGCACCAGGGGACCGAACGUACUGGUUUCUCUUCGAUGGUCUUCCAGAGACAAAACGGGGGAAGGACAUUUCGAAAUACACAAAAGCCGAUGAAGAGGGACUCGUAAAGGAACACCAUGGCGAUCAUAUCACCCAAGACGUCAUUUUUGGCGAGUUGUAUGACCGAAAGAUCAUGUCGACGCUGGUUCCACUUGAGGAGUACGUCUUCGAUCGUUGGCACUACAGACGCAUCGUCACGAUAGGAGAUUCGGCUCACAAGAUUGACCCGGCAUCUGGCCAAGGCGGCAACGGAGCAAUGGAGUCUGCAGCACUGCUCGUCAACGCAUUGGUCCGUCAGCUCAAGCUGAGCCCCCAGGGCCUUUCAGACUCUCAGAUCGACUCUGCACUCUCAGAGGUCCACACCCUCCGCUACGAGCGUGCCAAGGGUCUAGUCGAGCAAGCACAUUCUCUUCAGAUGAUGAUAAGCCAGAGGUUCCCAUUCGCUCGCUUCAUCUUCAAGCAUCUUAUUUCUCUCUUUGGCCCGGACGCUUUCAUUGACAUCGUCACCCCGAUUUGCUGCGAAGCUACAAGGAUCCAGGGUAUUCCUGUUCCGAGACGACCCCACUUUGUCCCGUUUGAGGACGAGUUACCUGCGAAGCCAAUCAAAGGCAGUCUUGCCAGACGAGUCCCGUGGGUUCUGGCAGCUGGCACUCUUGGACUGUCGCUCUUUGCAGGGCUCAAGAACAAGGAUUUUGGAUCCGGAACGGGGGCUCUCUUCAGCGUACUUCAGCGAUGGGGUGCGGGAGGCCUUUUGGGACAGGCAAUCGGCCAGGCCCCCUUAACCAGCCUCGUCAACUUGACCCCCGUUCUUUCUUCGUGGCUCAUCGAAGGCUCUCGCCGUGGAAACUCUUUGAACCCUUUGUCGUGGACCACGGUAUACUCACUCAUAUACUCACUCAUCGGCCCGAGCUCAGUGCUGCCAUUCUUUUGUCUGUCGUCUGUACUCUUCUCUACCAAGUCCACAGUCCACAGACCGGUCGACCCCAAGAUCGCCAAGUCCAUCGUUCCAGGCAUUGUCCUAGGUUACGUCGCACCAACGGCCGCGGCGCUGUUGCCGAUCAGAGAUGCCAAACUGAGGCACUACGUCGGAACAGUAUGGCAGGCAUACCCUUUUCUUUGUGCUGUCUUCACCAGAGGACUCACUGCUAUCCGUGCCAAGACUGCCAACAGUGGACAACAGGAAGCUGACACGAAGGUCGACGAGAGGCCAAUCAACUAUGCUCCACCGUCUGAACUUCAAGUGUACACAAACGAGGAUGUAGCGCCCCUCGAGUUAUCUCAUGGCUGUUCGCUUGCUCUCUGUUUAGCUGCUCCCUUCAUCGCCAAGAGUGUAUCAACCAACGGGACGCUGUCAGCCAUUUCUCAACUAGUGCCUUUCGGUACAAACGUAGGUGUCAUAAGUGCAGCCUCGGGCCUAGCAUACUCUUUGUACGCAGUCUGGGAACUGCGCUCACUCGGCUUUGUGCAAACAAAGCAGGCUGUGCUGGGAGGCUUGGCCUGCGUUGGUGCUUUGGGGCUGGCUGGACCUGGUGCUAUGAUUGCGGGUAUUGAUUAUUGGCGUGAGCAUGUAAUCUCUAGCUUGAGCCCUGACACUGGGCGACUAUAA